GUUGCACGAAUCACUGCCGCAAGCAGCACUAAUGGAUGGUGUUCCGGCUGUUCCAGGUGUUAUUGGUAGCUUGCCUGGUGCUGGUGGUUGUUUACCACAUCGAACACCGCUUGUAAAUCAACGCUCACCAAGCUUGUUCCAGAAUUUCCUUCGUUAUAUUCCCGGAGCGCAAGAUUACCUUUCCAGUCUCGUUAAGACACCUAACAUUGAUCUGCAUUCUUUGUUAGGGAAAUAUUACUGGGUGAGAGUUUUUGAAAUCUUUUUAGUCAUUUUUCACAGGGGAAUUUUACAUUUGAAAUCACCACCACUGAAUACUCAAAUCGAUCCAGAAAAGCGCGGUCUCUUUGCUUUGUGAUU